AUGACCAACCGGCUCUUCUCAGGCAGACGAGGAAUUAAAGAAAAACUAGAGAGAGGUAUAGAUUCUCCUGGGUCGGAGUUUUCCUUCAAGGCCAAGUGGGCUAGGUUCCAUUUACUCAUAGCAAUGGCGGAGCUUUUAACAGAGAAGAUGCGAAAGUUCAAAUUAUCAGAAAAGGAAGAAUCGGGGCUGCAAAUUGAAGAACAUGAUUUCGCUUUAGGUGUAAAGGAUUGUAGAUUGAGUUUAAUUGGUAAGGUCUAUGGAGAAAAGAAGGUCAACUUCAGUGGAUUGAAAGCUACUCUUGGGAGUAUCUGGGUCACUCAGAAACAAUUUUCCAUCAGGAACAUUGGGAUAAACUUGUUCCAAUUCAUAUUUGAAUCUGAGGAAGACAAACAGAAGGUUCUCCACGGAAAGACUUGGUCGUUCGAUGGGCAGUACCUCCUUUUCAAAGAAUGGGAUCCGAAGGCAACUGAGUUUUCUAGGGAAGAGGAGAAGAUAAAAAUCUGGGUUCAAGUGCAUAACCUUCCUCUUCAUUGGCUGACUGCUGAGAUGGGUCUCAAAAUUGGGAAGAUAAUUGGGAAAGUUUUGAAUGUGCAAACUCCAGGAGCAGGCAGUCCUCAUGGCAAUCUGAUCAAGAUUCAAGUGCAGCUGAAUCUAAGGGAGACUAUUCCUAGGGGUACUAAAUUGAAGCUGGGACCAGAAUCUUUAUGGGUCGAUUUCAGGUACGAGAACCUCCAAUCAUUCUGCUUUUACUGUGGCCUAAUUGGGCAUGUUGAUAAAAACUGGCCUAAUGUGAAAGAUGAUUUGAAUACAGAUGUGAUUAAUGUUGGUCAAUAUGGGGAUUGGUUGAGAGCCACUCACAUUUCUUUGAAUGAUGUUAAAACAAUUAAAUCCUCUGAAUCUAGAGAUAAUAGUAUGGACCAAUCUACUAAAGUGUCUAGUCAGGAAGAAGAUGGGGGUAAAAAAGGUAGUGGAAUGAGUGAAUCUUCUGGUAGAGGUGACUCUCCCUCAGCCCAGUUAGGAUUGGGGAGUGACAAAAUGACAGAAAUCAAAAGUAAUGAAGAAGGAAGGGUAGGGACUAAUAUAGAACCUAUUCAUCCUUCUCAAACCCCAAAUUUUGAGUCUUCUCCUGUUGACUCUGAACUUCAACUUGUUGAAGUGGACAUUCAGGCCAUGACAACAAGCUCCAAUGAGACUCAGAAAAGGAAGAAGUAUGUUAUUAGGAAACUUAAACCAAUGAUACCAACUGUCCCUGAGGACAUGGUGGUGGAGGUUCCAUUAAUGAAUCCUGCUAUUCCUUCUACUAGUGUCCUGGUCUUAAAAGGAACAUAA